UUGAUACUUUCAUCAUGCCUUCAUCCAUUUAUGUCUCAUCAUUUUAAGCGCGCCAAACCGCCAAUCGAUAAUUUCAUGUCAUUAGGCAUUUAUAAGACGUGACAAACUGAUCACAAUUAUUCAUUUGAGCUCAUUUUAUCGUCGCACUUCGUGAGCAGUAACUUCAUCGUGUCUUUGUGGGCAUGAAUUUGUGAAGGCAACACAUUGGCAAAUAACAAAAGCAACAGGGAAAGAAUUCUUAUCAGCGUUUUUCCAAUUCAAUCCAAGGAUAAGUGUAGUACAUUUGAAUCAAGAUUAUUUUAUUGGAAGGUUUCCAUUGAGAAGUAUACCAAACAGCAUUACAAAAAGCAGUUGAACUAUGUCUGCUGGUCCCAGAGUUGUUCGUGCAUCCAAGUUCAGGAAUGUGUAUGGUACAGGCUGGAAGAGAGAUUUAUGCUAUGACAAUAUUAAAGUAUCCAAAUCAUCUUGGGAUUCUACAUUUUGUUCUGUAAAUCCAAAAUUUCUUGCUGUCAUUACUGAAUCAGCUGGUGGAGGAGCAUUCAUUGUUUUGCCAAUUAACAAGGUUUUCAACAGUGCUUUUAUGUUUUUGCUUUAUUUGAAACCAGCAUCUUUCAACAUUGGAUUAUCCCUCAAGGAGCAUGGGGGAAAAAUGAAAUCUGACUGUCCUACUGUGAGUGGCCAUAAAGGCCCUGUAUUGGAUAUUGCUUUUUCGCCUCAUAAUGAAAACCUUAUCGCCUCAGGCAGUGAAGAUUGUUCGGCUAAGUUAUGGAACAUUCCAGAUGGCGGGCUUACAUCGACAAUGACAGAGCCAUUUCUUGCCCUGUUAUAUCAUCAGCGACGAGUCGGCCUUGUACUUUGGCAUCCAUCUGCCGAGAGUAUCCUUCUCACGGCUGGUUCCGAUAAUCUGGUAGUAAUUUGGAAUGCAGAUACUGGGGAACCUACAAUUGUUAUCGAUAGUCAUCCCGAUUUGGUUUAUUCGGCUUGUUGGAAUUGGAAUGGAUCAAAGUUACUUACUACGUGCAAAGACAAGAAGAUCCGUAUCAUUAAUCCUCGUGCAGGAACAAUUGAGGAGGAGGCCAUUUGCCACGAAGGAUCUAAGGCUUCUCGUGCGAUUUUUCUGAGAAAUGGCCUUAUUUUUACAACAGGAUUCUCCAAAGUCUCUGAGAGGCAAUAUUCGCUGCGAGAAUCAGGUCACUUGAGUAACCCAAUGGUCCAAAACGAAGUUGAUACUUCUAACGGCGUUAUGUUCCCUUUCUACGACUCGGAUACUAACAUUAUUUACUUGUGUGGCAAGGGCGAUUCGGUUAUUCGGUACUUUGAAGUGACACCGGAGCCCCCUUUCGUACAUUACAUCAACACGUUUCAAACACCGGAUCCACAGCGGGGCAUUGGGAUGAUGCCUAAACGGGGCUGCGAUGUCAACUUGUGCGAAAUAACACGGUUCUAUCGGCUCAAUAGUUCGGGAUUGUGUCAAGUCAUCACAAUGACGGUUCCUCGGAAGUCCGAACUUUUCCAAGAAGACUUGUACCCGGAAACAGUAAGUCCUCUUUCAGGCCUUUCGUCGGAGGAGUGGUUUUCCGGCAUGGAUCACGAUCCUAUAAUGAUGUCCUUAAAAGAUCGCUGUAUCGUCGGAAGUCGUUAUCGUGAUGACUACGAAUCGGAACAUUCGCUUAACCUGGAGCUAAGCAGCAUAGUGUCUCCAGUUGGUUUGCCGAAGCGGCUUUGUCGCACAACCAGCCUGAAUCACCACGCCGUAGCGAAAAGCCUUUCCCUACCACUUAACGCCAAGACUCCUACAAGAAACCAAGAAGCGCUGCUGGAGGAAAUAGCGCGUUUAAAAAAACGUUUAACAGAGCAAGAAGAACGAGUUCGAGUUCUCGAAUCGUUAAACCACGAAGAGCGUAUUCGGAAACUGGAAUCUUUUUUACAGUUUAAAGAAAAGAAUUUUGAGCAGGACCCGCGUAAUAUUUCGAGUUCGGAAUCGUUAAAGUCUCAGGUACCGUUGAAUAACAACUCGGGAAUGUGUUACGAUCGCAAUACGUACAAAGCAAGUGCCCAAUCAAGCCCCACUGCCCUGUCAAUGCCCAUUACUGACGAGGAAGUUAAUUGCGCUAAGGACGAAACCUUCACGACGGAGAUCCUUCCUCAUCUCCCGUUUGGUGAAUCCCUUUGUAAAUUGUCUAAUUUUCUAUCCACUCCUAUAUCGGCCAUGGGCUAUGAACUACCGUCGCCAAUGGCCACUGCUCACAGUUUUGCUUCAUUGCCGCCCGUUAAAGCAUUAGCUUCGUUUAGUAGAUGGGGUCCGAUCAAAUCGUUUUCUUCAACUGUAAUGUCAUCACUUACUGCCAUCAGCCCAUCAAAUUCGCCAUCGAAAAAUGCCCAUUUAUCCGAAUAAUCGUGAACCCUGUUUGCAUUUUCGUUGCUGCAACAUUUUCUAAGUUUACACAAAUUAUUUUUAUAUUUCAUUAAUUAUUCUUGCUAUUCCACAGUGCAAAAGCCAGUCUAAAAUAUAUUCGAUCUACGUAAA